AGCCUUGCAAAUAAAUGGCCACUUGUUCACGUGCUCGAGGUCUUAACUAUUCAUUUUGAGCGUGUUCUCUAGGAUCAGCUGACUGCUGAUUAUAAUUCAUACUAGACCUUGUAGAGGUUGUAUCCUUAAUUGACAAGCAGAGAUUAGAGCUAAGAUUUAACACUCUACCCUUAGCAAGUUUUCUCUGCUUCUUUGUGGAUCAUUCUGUUAAAAUUAAACUCAACUCUUCUGUAGAGGAAGAGCAUUCCUUGGUAUAUAACAAAAGCUUUAUUUUUAGUAGUAACAUAUUAGCUUAUAUAUAGUAUGUAUAUAUAAUCAUAUAUGUAGUUUUGUAACUAUUUAGUACAACUCCAAAGUUGGAAAAUUAGAAUCAAUAAUAAUUGGGUAAUGUUGAGUACCUACCGAGUGUUUGCCAGGCCUGUGCCAUACUUUCUUUCAUUUAAUCUUCCAGAUAACUUUUUGCAUAAACAUAGGUUGUUCAGAAAUAUUUGAGUACACGAGUUGAUUUGAAUGUGUCCAAGUGUGGAAUAUGUACAUUAAUUACUUCUGUUUCUGUUUUUUUUCAGUUUUUUUUUUUUUUUUUGUAAAAUAAGGGUGUUGGCAGUAUAUAAUGACUCAGAGAGUAAAUGAAUGUGUUUUUCAAGUUGGAAGAGGGCUUUACAAUUACAUGGAAGGGCAGUCAGUCCCUUCAUUAGGGUAUUCAGUAGUUUCCAAAGCCCUGUGUCAUGUCUCUUUAUCCAAGUUGCCAUUACGUAUCAUUGUCACGCAAUGAACAGGCCAGGCUUAGGACACUGGAUAAAGGUAAAUGUUGGGAAAGCCUUAAUGUCCCCUUCUGAAAGGCCCCCUCUUUCCAUAUUUAGUUUCUAAGUGACAUUCUUAAUAAGAGUUAACAAAUGACAGUCAAGCAGGAAGAGUAAUUUUCUAGUACCAAACCAAGGAAAUAAAAAACAGUGAAUUGGCUAUUACUUCUUAACAUACCUGUGAAUGUUAAGAAUCUUGGGUAAUCCAUGCUGUAGGAGUUCUACCUGAUUUUUCAGUUUGCCUUGAAAUGUCUUCAACAUAUUCCAGUCCAGUAUUUUGUGCAUUAACAAGUUAAGUUUUUGGAGUUCCCCCCCAUGACGGAGUGGGUUAAAAAUCUGAUUGCAGUGGCUCAGGUCACGGUAGAGCCCUGGGUUUGAUCCUCGGCAGUGAGUUAGGCUGUUGGUGCAGCUGUGGCGGAGGUGGCAGCUGGGGCUUGGAUGUGGUCCCUGGCCCAGGAAUUUCCACAUGGCAUGGGGGUGGCCAAAAGAAAAGAAAGGAAAAGAAAAAGUUAAUUUUUUGACUGGAUUUAAUUGAGUAGUUUUGACUUCCUUAAUCCAGAAGUUUUAUUUUGACUGUGUUUCCAGAGAUACAGUUUAAUGAUGUAUGGAGGAAUAACAGUGAUGAGAAUGAUGGUGGGAUCCAGCAGUUGCAUCUUGUGAGAGCAGAAAUAGCUGAGAGAACGUGCAGAGGAUGAGGGAGGGAGGUGCUUGGAAAUGUGUCGUAUUUGCGGUUGGAGCGUAUUUUCAGAUAGUGCUCCAUCACUGGAGGAAGAGGAUUGAGAAUGCUCUGCCGGUUAGGAUUUUACGAGAACCUUCUUUGACCUGAAGGCAUUUUCCCUGGGGAGGGGAUGAGUGAUUUGUCAUCAGUGGAAGGAUGUAGGAAGCAAAAGCUGCAUGCAUGUCUUUUCCGUGGAGUUACUAUUUCCACCCAUCGUGACUGAUUCUUGCCACCACAUGCAUGUUCAGGCACAUUCCUAGUAGAGAUUUGAUAUUUGUGGGCAGCCACUAGUAGGAGAAGGAAAGAAGAGAAAGGGAUGGCAAGUGACAAAGCACAGAGCUUUGGUUAAUAGGCUUUCACUGGGGCACAAUUUAGCGGCUGCGCCUCCACAGCCUCUAUUAUGAAAACCGUUCUGAUAAUACCGACUGUGUCUAUAACUCUCUUCUAUGUAUCUGGAAAUAUGGAGAAUCAACCUUUGAACAUGCCUCAAGGAACAAUGGAACACACUUAGAAUACAGCCUAUGACAAGUUUGUCAUUUCUCAUGCCAGCCAUUUCUGUACAUUUGUCACUUUUGGAGGCCGGGGUGACAGAAUGCCAGCCUUGGCUCGUGUGUACGAGGCAUUUAAACCAUGUCAUGUCUCACCAGGUUGGAGAACAGGUCCUUCUUCCUUCCUCCCUUCAGAACUCGGCUCUCAAGUGGGUGCCCUUUUCAGCUCCUGGGGUGCAGGGGCCUUUUCUGGGUCCCUCCUGGCCAUCUGCCCGGAGGCGGGGACAGUGUCUGCAUCGCAGGUGUGCAGGAAAUACUUGUGCAAUGAAGAGAUAGGCUGGAAUCCUCUCUGUUCUCACCUCCAGUGGAAAUCCCACUCACCUUUAGGGGCAGGGCAGCCUCGCCUUCUCCGGAGUCUCAGCUCACAAUGCACCCUUUGAGUGUCAGCUGUUUCUGCCACACACUUUGGCAUUUAAUCUCUUGCAGCUUUAUAUUGUCGCCUGAGUGUUCCCCGUGUUUUGUUUCCCCACCCCAAAUACAGGCAGCUCGGAGGCAGGGAAGAUUCCUUCGUGCUGGCCUGUGUUUGAGAACUUCCUUGGUCAUCCAGUAUACUAACAUACACAGAGUAGGCUUCUUUUUACCUGUUGAGUGAAUAUUAGCUACUGUGGGAGAGCAUCAGGAAUGUUCACAAUGUGGUCCCCAUCCUCGAGUAGGUAGCAUUUUAGUUGGGCAGCCAUGGUGUACCCACGGGGAACAGUAUGAGAAUUUGGUGUUAAGUAAAGCAGAUACUAAUAGCUAACGUUUGUGUUGUGCGUAAAAUCUGCCUGACACUGUCUCCAGUGCCUUUACAACGUUAGUUUAUUUGAACCUCCUGACAACCCUUUGACACAGAUGCAGUUAUAAUCCUGUUUUACAAAUGAGGAGACAGAGACACAGCGAGGUCAUGAAGUCACCUGCCCAUGACCACAAGGCGAGUAGCAAGGAGGGAGACGGGAUGUGAACCCAGGCAGCCUGGCACUUGAGUCAGAGUGGGUCCCCUGGUUCGGGGGGCAGUUACCUUGUCCGAGAUGGGAGAGAGAUCUAAAGGUUGCCCCAACUUUUCUUUUUCAAAUAUCAAAGUCGUGUACACCAUGGCAGUGACUGAGCUGCAGCAACUGUACUGGAUUCUUCAGGUGGAAGAGGUUGAUUAUGACACGGUGGUGGGGACACUGGAUUUUGAAAUGACUGAGGGCAAGAGGGAAGCAGCUGAGUGGGGAGUAGGACUCUGGGUAUUGAAUUCUAGGACAGUGAUUCACCAGGACACGGGGCAAGGAUCGUUCAAGUUCUAACUCAGUGCCAAGUAACUCCUUCUGCACUAUUAAACAAUGUUGAAUGACACGCCUUAACCACUUUUCCAUUUUAAACACUUUUAAACCCGGAGUGGGUGUAAUUUACCAGGACGGGAGCAGUAUGGAAGGCUUCCUGUGCCUGGCAGCCCUCAUGUGGAAUCUUGACCCACUUUUUCAGCCUGUCUUGGACAGUAAGAACACUCUUGGGGCCGGGAGACCUCUUCAAACCAAGUCAUAUUUCUCAGUGGGGAAAGAAAAAAAACCAAAACAACGUAAAAUGGUGCUGUUGACUGGGUGACACACCUGAGGUGAAGUCACUUUGAGUUGGACGAGGGCCUCCAGACAUAAUCCAGCCAGAUGAAGACAGAUGGCCUUCCCUGAAAGCCCAGUUUUGUGUCCCUUUUGGUCGGGAGCUGACAGUGUUCUUUGGGGGGUGUUGGGCCUCAACAGAAUCCGCUGAAUCCAAAUGACUCGGCAGAUAGGGAAGCACACACAUCAGCACAGCCGCUGUCCAGGAACCGGAGGAGGACGUGCCCUCGAGUGACGUGUGGGCCACCGCCCUGGUCAGCAGCCAGGGAGGGCCCUCAUUCUGCAGGCGUCUUACCUUGGGAACAGCACAGUUUGGCUUCCAUGUCAUCUUUGAGUUUGAGAGAACCCUAGUUUCAGCGUGUCCUCAGUAGAGACCAAAGAACCAGGUUUGUUCCUUCAAGAAGUGUCCCCAUGCCAGAAAGAGCAGAAGUAAAUAAUAAUGUCUUGUGAAUGGACUGCGUGGCAAAGUGACUCGGAGGAGACCUCCCAGCUUCCCCAGAUUGGGAAGAAAAAUAUGGAAUGUGUGUUACCGCUGACUGAACACAACCCAAUGAACUGUCCUGACAGUAGUUUGCAAACCAGCAGUUAGCAGUUUGUCCAGCUCAACACUGUCCAGCACUUUCCAGAGCAGACGCACUGUUUACAAGAACUCGCCGCAUCACGACGACGUUCGGAACCUCAGGCUCUGUUGAUUUCAGAUAUUUCUGCUGAAGAAACGCACCCCGUGGCCCACUUUCCAAAAUGGCCACGGAGGAGUAUCUGUGGAUGGUCAUUUUGGGAUUUAUCAUAGCGUUUAUCUUGGCGUUUUCCGUGGGUGCCAACGACGUGGCCAACUCGUUUGGCACCGCUGUGGGCUCGGGCGUGGUGACCUUGAGGCAGGCCUGCAUCCUGGCUUCCAUAUUUGAAACCACCGGCUCAGUGUUGCUGGGGGCCAAGGUCGGAGAGACCAUCCGGAAAGGUAUCAUCGACGUGAACUUGUACAACGACACCGUGGAGACGCUCAUGGCCGGGGAGGUCAGUGCCAUGGUCGGCUCGGCUGUCUGGCAGCUCAUCGCGUCUUUCCUGAGGCUGCCGAUCUCGGGGACUCACUGUAUCGUGGGGUCCACCAUCGGCUUCUCCCUGGUUGCAAUCGGUACAAAAGGCGUGCAGUGGAUGGAGCUGGUCAAGAUCGUUGCUUCUUGGUUUAUAUCUCCACUGUUGUCUGGUUUCAUGUCUGGCGUGCUGUUUGUACUGAUCAGAAUGUUCAUCUUAAAAAAGGAGGACCCUGUGCCCAACGGCCUCCGGGCGCUUCCCGUGUUCUAUGCCGCCACCAUCGCCAUCAACGUCUUUUCCAUCAUGUACACGGGGCACCAGGUAAGGACCUCGGAACCGCUGCUGGGCCUGGUCCUUCCCAUGUGGGCGAUCGCUCUCAUCUCCUUCGGCGUUGCACUGCUCUUCGCCCUCUUUGUGUGGCUCUUUGUGUGUCCGUGGAUGCGGAGGAAAAUAGCAGGCAAAUUACAAAAAGAAGGUGCUUUAUCACGGAUCUCUGAUGAAAGCCUGAAUAAAAUCCAGGAAGUAGAAUCCCCAGUAUUUAAAGAGCUACCAGGUGCCAAGGCUAAUGACGACAGCACCGUACCCCUCACAGGGUCGGCCGCAGAGCCGCCUGUGACAUCGGAAGGCACAGCAGUGGGACACCACCCUCGGGCCACCUACGGCAGGGCGCUCUCCAUGACGCAUGGCGCCACCAGGUCACCCGUGUCCAAUGGCACCUUUGGCUUCGACGGCUCGGCGCGGGGCGACAGCCAUGUGUACCACACGGUGCACAAGGAUUCAGGGCUCUAUCAGGAUCUGCUGCACCGCAUCCGCGAUGAGCGGCCGGCACCCGACGGGGCCCCGCGGCUGCUGCGGCGCAACAACAGCUACACGUGCUACACGGCGGCCAUCUGCGGGCUGCCCGGCUUGGCCACGCGCCGCCCCGCGCCCAACGCGCCCGAGGACAGUGAGAAGCUGGUGGCCGAUGCUGUGGCCUACUCCCGCCGGCGGCUGCGCUACGACAGCUACUCCAGCUACUGCAACGCCGUGGCCGAGGCCGAGAUCGAGGCCGAGGAGGGCGGCGUGGAGGUCAAGCUGGCGGCCCCGCUGGCUGAGGCCGAGCGGCCGCGCGAGGACCCAGCAGAUGAGGAGAAGGAGGAGAAGGACACGGCCGAGGUGCACCUGCUCUUCCACUUCCUGCAGGUCCUCACCGCCUGCUUCGGCUCCUUUGCCCACGGUGGCAACGACGUGAGUAAUGCCAUUGGUCCUCUGGUAGCUUUGUGGCUGAUUUAUGAACAAGGUGCAGUCCUGCAGGAAGCAGCGACUCCUGUCUGGCUGCUGUUUUACGGAGGGGUUGGAAUUUGCACAGGCCUCUGGGUUUGGGGCAGAAGAGUGAUCCAGACCAUGGGGAAAGAUCUCACCCCCAUCACACCGUCCAGCGGCUUCACCAUUGAGCUGGCCUCGGCGUUCACGGUGGUGAUCGCCUCCAACAUCGGGCUCCCUGUCAGCACCACGCACUGCAAGGUGGGCUCCGUGGUGGCCGUGGGCUGGAUCCGCUCGCGGAAGGCCGUGGACUGGCGCCUCUUCCGGAACAUCUUCGUGGCUUGGUUCGUGACCGUGCCCGUGGCGGGGCUGUUCAGUGCUGCUAUCAUGGCCCUCCUCAUGUACGGGAUCCUCCCGUUCGUGUGAGGGUCUGCGGUGGGUGCCGGGAGGCGUGUGCCCGCCCUCACACACGCACCUCCCGUGCAGGAUGUCCCACACCACACUACUGUCACCCAGGCGUGGCGUCACCCUCCAGCUCACUUAACUACUGUACAUAACAGUGUGCAUUAAAUUGGUAUCGUGGUGAUGUAACAUGGUGCGGUUACUUAUAUAUUAAAUAUAUAUUGUAUACAUAUGAUGAUAGGUAGUCUUAUUAGUUCAAACGUAGUCCAAAUGGGAGUGGAGAUACUUGCCUAGAAUUCAAUAGUCAGCAAAUCUCUGUACAUACUGGUUUCUGUGGCCGAUUUUAAGAACCUUUUAAAAGAAAAGUGUGGAUUGGAAAAUGGCCUUUUUCCCACUUACUAUACGGUAACAUAAGUGAGGUGCGGGAUGGGCGGUACACAUUGGGGACGGUGUGCGUAUGUCCGUAUGCUCUUGAAUAUACUGGAACAGGAGUUCACAAGUGCUUUCACUGAAGAAUUUGUUCAUAUACUGUGUAUGGAUUCUGUAAUAUACCAUAAUGGCUUCUGUAAAUACUUAAAACUGUAAUUUUUUAAUGGUGUGCUUCCCUUAUACUUUUUUGAUCAGAGAAUUUUGGAAAGUACCAAAGAAGUGGGGGAAUAGUUUGCCAGUAUUAUAUUUUCAUAUUGUUUGUCUCCCCUUCUCACUGACCCUACCGUUAACCUGGGAUGUAGCAAGACCACCAUGCUCCCACCUGCCCUGGAGCAGGGUGUGUGGCGAGGCACCAGCCCCCCACCCCAUCACGUCCCCCGACCCCCACCACUGCUGCCGCGUGCCAGAUCCUGGCCCUGCGUUGUUGUCGGUGUAGAGACUGUACAGGCGCAAGGAUGCGUGAUCAAGCACUACAUGUCAAGUCCAGUUUAGAUGUUCGUCCCUCUUCUCCCCUGAAGCCUGAAGAAUGGAGCUCCAGCCUCAAACACUGAGGCAUGUGCUUGACAUUCUAGAAACUCAGGGGUGGGGAUGGGUGAACUGUUAGGCAACACACUGGAUCUGAGGCCUUUACUGAGCUGAACAUCCUGACGCUCUACUGUCGUCUCAAUGGAUUCUUCUUUUUUGAUAGCGGGAGGAAGUAUGACUAAUGCUAGAGCCUGAAACUAUGGAAAUGCUGCUAAAAUUUUUAUAUUGACAAACAUUUUCUCGGUACUUCAUUGUGAUUUUUCAUUAAUCAACCACAUUAAAUUUAUAAUAAAAAAAUGCCCCUCAAAA